GUAAUGCCAGCUUAAAGCGACUCCAGGAGCUGAGUGAAGAUUGCGGAAGAUGCUAUAUUGUUGGUACGUUUUUUAAACGCCAAGAACUCAAGCCAUCCAUACUCAAGGAGAUAUCAGAAGAACACCACCUGAUGCCACAACCGGUUGUUGAGAAGUAUGUGAGCGCUGAGGACGAUAUUAUUCUUGAGGACGAAGUGCAGAGAAUACAGCUUGUGGGCAAUAUAGAUGUGCCAAAACUUAUAACCGGUUUGGUUUCUGCUGUGCUCGGCAAAGAAGGCGACGGGGGCAAAUUUAUCGUUGAGGAUGUGUGUUUUGCUGGCCUUCCCACUCCCGUUCCCCGUGAAGUAAUUGAGGAAGACAGGUUUGUUUUGUUAGUGUCGGGGUUGGAGCUGAGUGCAUCGGUUGACAGUCUCUUACCGCUGGAGUUGUUGGUUGACUACGUGUCGGGCCACCUGGGACAUUCUCAAGAGCAGGCAGCAGUCGCUCAGGUCUCCAGGAUAAUUAUUGCUGGCAAUUCAGUAAGUAGUGCCAAGGGCAAAAAGGAGAAGCCAGACAAGGUAAAGCUGAUGAAGGAGCUGGACGACAUCCUCACGCAGAUUGCGAGUGUUUGCCCGGUGGACAUCAUGCCUGGGGAAUUUGACCCGGCCAAUAAUGUGAUGCCUCAACAACCGCUUCAUCGUUGUAUGUUUCCUAAGGCUAGUGUAUAUUCAUCAAUGAAGAGUGUAACAAAUCCAUACGAAUGUGAGAUUGGUGGUCGAGCAUUUAUUGGAAUGUCGGGACAGAAUGUGAAAAAUAUUAGCCAGUGUUCAACAGUUGAGGAUCCUCUUGACGUACUGGAGCGGUUGUGUGAGUGGGGUCAUCUGGCGCCCACGGCACCAGACACGCUUACGGCAUAUCCCUACUACAAGGAAGAGCCAUUUGUGAUGGAUUUGUGUCCUGACGUUAUGUUUGCUGGGAAUCAAGAAUCUUUCGGCAGUCGCAUUAUGAAAGGUGAAGGUGGCCAUAAAGUUACGUUGGUGAGCGUUCCUCGGUUCAGUAGUACAAGCACCUGCGUCUUGGUGAAUCUCCGAACACUGCAGUGCCAACCAAUGUGCUUCUCUGCUGACUCUUUAGAUUUGAUUGAUUCAUGCAAACAAGAAGCAGAGAAAUGAGCCAUUCUUGAUGGUAUUAGAAAACCUUUCUUACAAAGAAGAAAAUUUGUACAGUCCUAGUACUAGCGACUUAAAAUGGUUUUGAAAUUUUAUGGAAUUAUAGAAAAUUGUUACUGAUGUAAUACUAGUUACAAAGGUGAGUACAUCAGAUUUUAUUGAUGGCAGAAGAAUGAGCUUAUAAAGUGAAACUUUUGUCACAUGUUGGGCAUUAUUUCCAACGACGAAGCAGUAACUUGUAUUGUGGUCUCUCUCUCUCUUGCAGAUUGAUGGUCAAUCCCUGACCGUCAGCGUGGCUGGGUACCAUUCCUCCCCCCUGUUCUAUCCCAGCACCUUGUGCUCAUAGUCCUUCCAAGUGCUAUUCUUCCUUCCUUCCUUCCUUCCAAGUCUUGCUGACUUUGUGCUCUCUCCUGAUAAUUACCUUACCUUGUCUCUCCCUGUACUGUGCUUGUAUAUUACAUCAGCUUGUGUGUCUGAUGUUGUUCCUUUGAGCAUGGCGGCCCUACCUCACUUUGUCAUAGUGUUGUGAUCAUUCAAACAUGGUCAUCUUUCACUUCUUUUUGUCGUGAAGAUGCAGUGUUUGUCUACUUUUAUUUUAUAUGUAUUGUCAUUUUACUUCAAGUUUGUAAUUCUUGGAUUUGCUAGAAUGUUUCCAGACUUUGUGGUAGUUUUUUUUUAUAUAUAAACAAAUGAAACUAUUUAAAUAUGAAAAUUCAAUUAAAGUGUAAUUUUGUUUUUUUUUCCAUCGAAAAUAUAUUGUGAUCGAAUUCUGGUAAUUUUAUUGUUUCUUGUUAUUUGUCAGUCUGUCUGGAUUAUAAAAUUUUAUAUUAAUGUUGAA